AUGAUGUCCACUCGUGUUACUGUAGCUCCGACCCGCAAGUUGCCGAGCGGAAGUGAAAUUCCCGUAAUUGGUUUUGGUGUUUACUUGAUUCCUAUUUCCGAGACUGUCCAGGCUGUCAAAGGCGCUUUGGAGGUCGGUUAUCGUCUGAUCGACAGCGCAUCUUGUUAUGCCAAUGAACAGCAGUGCGGUGAAGGUAUCAUGAAAUUCUUGGCUGAGAACCCUGAAUACAAGCGCUCGGACAUUUUUUACACCUCUAAAGUCUGGGAGUCUGAUUAUGGUUACGAAGGCGCCAAGAAGGCAGUCGACGUCUCACUUGCUGAAGUGAAAGAUCUCGAGUACAUUGAUCUAUAUUUGAUCCAUUCCACAGCUGGCGGCAAGAAGACACGUCUUGAUACCUACAAAGCCUUGCAGGAGGCUGUUGAGGCCGGCAAAAUUCGCAAUAUUGGCGUUUCGAACUGGGGCGUCAAGCACCUGCAGGAGCUCUUGGACUGGCCUGAACUCAAGGUUAUGCCUGUAGUCAACCAAAUUGAGUACAGCCCAUGGCUCCAGCACGGUGAUAUUGUCAGUUUCUGCAACAAGCACAAUAUCAUCAUCGAAGCGUUUUCUCCAUUGACGGUUGGCCAGCGUCUUGCUGAUCCUAGCGUUGUGUCGCUUGCUGAAAAGUACAAGAAGUCUCCCGCUCAGAUUCUUUUGCGUUGGUCCGUGCAAACAGGUGCAAUUCCUCUCCCUAAGACUGUUCGUGCCCAGCGGAUGAAGGAGAACAUCGACAUUUUUGACUUUGAGCUUUCUAAAGACGAUCUCAAGAAUUUGGGUGACCCUUCUUCGUACUACGUCACUGUUCCUGAAUGGGACCCCACCAAAAGAGAGUAA